UCGGCCAGAUCGGGCAGGGGUAGGUCUUGAUCUUGACUUCUAGGGCUUCCUCUUAUCUCGGUUCCCUCCCGAGCCCUUUCCACUCUCAGUUCGAUCCCGGCUGUGGUGGCCAUGGCGAAGACGAUCAUGCUCAAGAGCUCCGACGGCGAGGUGUUCGAGGUCGACGAGGCGGUGGCCAUGGAGUCGCAGACUAUCAAGCACAUGAUCGAGGACGACUGCGCCGAAAACGGCAUCCCGCUCCCUAACGUCACCUCCGCGAUCCUCGCUAAGGUUAUCGAGUAUUGCAGGAAGCAUGUCGAGGCAUCCGCCGCCGCUGCCUCCAAGUCCUCCGAUGAUGGCUCCAAGCCCACCGACGACGUGAUCAAGUCCUGGGACGCCGAGUUCGUCAAGGUCGAUCAGGCCACCCUCUUCGAUCUCAUCCUGGCUGCAAAUUACCUUAACAUAAAAGGGCUGCUGGAUUUGACGUGCCAAACUGUGGCCGACAUGAUCAAGGGGAAGACGCCGGAGGAGAUCCGUAAAACCUUCAACAUCAAGAAUGACUUCACCCCCGAAGAAGAGGAAGAGGUUCGGAGGGAGAACCAAUGGGCCUUCGAGUGACACGUAUGCCUCUCUUUCGUCCCAAUAAUGAUGUACUUGUCAUAUAUGAGGUUGUAAUUAGAUUGGAAACCGAGUUGAUGCCAACCUGCGAGUGGAUCAAUCUGCAA